CCAAUGUUCACGGCCAGUCAGUCAUCUGCCGGCUUGUUCAGUUCGUUGUAGUGUCUUCUGUGUUUUGGUGCCUUAACCUUGGAUCGUUGUGAUAAGUUCUAAACAAAAACAAAAUGGCGCCCUCCUCAACACACACAGAAACCACAACGAUCACAGAAAGCGAAGAGGAGUACCCGAAGCUCAUCGCACCGCAAGCGGCACCAAGGAAAUAUGACAUAAUCUACUUCAAUUUGCUCACAUUCAGCUAUGCACAUCUGGCUACGUUGUAUGGAGUUUACCUAGCCUGUACCGUCGCUACUUGGAAGACUUUGAUGUUCCAUUACAUAAUAUUCAUACUGGCGGCUGUGGGUGUUACCGCAGGCGCGCAUCGGCUGUGGACACACCGGGCAUACAAGGCGAAGACACCUCUACAGAUUAUAUUGAUGGUGAUGAACACGCUCGCCUUCCAGAACUCUGUGAUACACUGGGUGCGCGAGCAUCGCAUGCACCAUAGAUAUAGUGAUACGGAUGCAGACCCGCACAACGCGACACGAGGCUUCUUCUACUCACACAUUGGAUGGCUGUUGGUCAGAAAGCAUCCAGAGGUGAAGAGGAGGGGGAAGUUUGUCGACAUGUCCGACAUUUAUGCCAACCCUGUGCUGAGUUUUCAGAAAAAAUACGCAGUACCCUUCAUCGGAACAAUCUGCUUCAUCCUACCAACCAUCAUCCCCAUGUACUUCUUCGGAGAAACCCUCAACACAGCAUGGAACCUCACCAUAAUGCGUUACGUGUUUAACCUUCACAUAACCUUCUUCGUCAACAGCGCCGCUCAUUUAUGGGGGAACAAACCCUAUGACAAGAACAUCAAGCCAGUUCAGAACCUGUCAGUCUCCUUCAUGUCAUUUGGGGAAGGUUUCCACAACUACCAUCACGCGUUUCCAUGGGAUUACCGAACGGCGGAGUUGGGGAACAACUGGCUGAACUUUACCACUAAGUUUAUAGAUUUCUUCGCGUGGUUGGGUUGGGCGUAUGACCUCAAGACGGUGCCUGACGAGGUGAUACGCUCGAGGGCAAGCAGGACCGGGGAUGGGAGCGACAUGUGGGGCUUCGGGGCGGAUCGGGAUAAGACUGAAUAAAUUAUGUGAUGACUUUAA